UCAUUCAUUAUUAACUCAACUAGAAGUUUAUGGACAGUUGUGCUUCGCGAGUCUCGUUUGGAUCUCAGUGUUGAGAGAUGUCUGCGGUUAUUAGGAAGAUCAUUCACACUGCAGCUGCUCCAGCCGCCAUCGGGCCCUACAGAGAAAAAUCCCAUAUACACCUAAAGCCCCUAUUAGACAGGACAUAUACAGUUGUCAAAGCCACAGUGCUGUUAACAGAUAUUAAUGACUUCAAUAACGUCAAUGAUGUUUACAAGCAGUUUUUCAAGAGCAGUUUCCCAGCUAGAGCUGCCUAUCAAGUAGCUGCCCUGCACAGAGGAGGACUUGUUGAGAUUGAAGCAGUCGCUGUGUUGGGACCCAUUACAGAUGCCCCCUGACUAUAUGACCCCGGCAUGCAUCACACAUUGUAAAUACAGUUAUAUGGAGACAAACCCCAUCCCAUAUUACAAAAUCAAUCAAACUUUUAACCUCCCAAGUCACCAACAGAAAAAAAACACGCUUUUUCUGUUGCCCAUUUUGCUAAUAUAAAUAUGCUAUCGAGAGUUCAGUUCAAAACCCAGUUCAAUUCAACUUUA